GCGGCUGAACUCACACACAGAAGAAGAACACACAUGUCACCGGUUUGGAUGAACUUUGAGGAAGAUAAACACGCAGCCAGGAGACCAUGAUGAUGCUCUUUAAUAAAUCCACAUGUAUAUAUUCUCAGAUGUGUCACCUGGCGAACACACAGCUGAACAUUGCGGCUGCGCAGAGCACCAGGAAGCUUUGUGUCCAGGUGAGGAGCCUGUCACACCUCACAGGGAUCCCUCCGCUCAACAAACACACUGUGCGUCCCAUCUGUCCGCCUGCUGUCAGAUGUGUAGAGAACAGAGUGGAGGAUGUCUGUUGGAGGAGGAGCAUGCACCUGACGGCUCCAAGGCUGGAGAAACCCACACCUGUGCAGAUCAGGGAGCUGUCAGAAUCGGAGUACGAGAAGCUGGCUGACGAGACGUUGGACUCUCUGGCUGAUUACUUUGAGGACCUGAUGGAUGAAGCUUUCACUGGAGCAGACUACGAUGUGAUCUUCUCUAGUGGUGUCCUGACAGUAAAGAUAGGCGAGGACCACGGCACCUACGUCAUCAACAAACAGACUCCAAACAAACAGAUCUGGCUCUCUUCUCCCACCAGCGGGCCGAAGCGUUACGGCUGGACGGGCGAGCGCUGGGUCUACUCUCACGACGGCCGGAGCCUCCACCAGCUGCUCUCUGAGGAGUUCUCCGUCAUCUUUAACAAACACAUGGACCUCUCUGAGCUCCUGUACUCCUGAGACCACACACCUGCUGAACACCUUCAGACCGUCCUGCAGAACCAGCACUGUGACGCACCCGAGCACUGAUUAAACACAGAUACAAACACCUGUCACUGUCUUUAGGAGAGCAGGUGUCCAUGACGACAGAGAUGUAAACAUGUGAGCUGUAAUGUUUCUUUAUGUUCUCAGAUUUAUAUUUACACAUGGUGAUGAUGAUGAUGAUGAUGCUUUCUCCUUUAGUAUUUUAAAUAUAACCAAAGAAAUAAAGUAAAAUGUAAGUGGU